AUGUUGGGUGUGAGGCGUUUAAACUUCAUCAGGAAAUUCGCCACAAAAAAUCAACAAUACUUCGUUGAUCUUCACCCUUUAGCUCCGUCAAACCUAUUAAUUGAUCGCCAUAUGGGUCCAAGUUCAUCAGAACGAGAAAAAAUGCUUGCAGAAAUCGGAUGUAAAUCAAUGGAUGAAUUAAUUGAGAAAACCCUGCCUCCCAAGCUCCCCAGAAAUAAGCUCCCUGAUUGGCCUGUGAAGACUGAACAGGACAUUAUAGGAGAACUCUAUAACUUAUCAAAGGAAAACACAGUAGCAAAAAAUUAUCUGGGUGGUGGCUAUUACGGAACUUACACUCCUCCAGUCAUAUUGCGAAAUGUCCUGUCAAACCCUGCUUGGUACACUUCCUACACUCCUUAUCAAGCUGAAAUCUCACAAGGAAGACUUGAGGCAUUGCUCAUCUACCAAACAAUGGUGAGCAGCUUAACUGGGUUGCCAAUAGGCAAUGCUUCGCUGCUCGAUGAAGGGACAGCUGGUGCAGAAGCAAUGACAAUGAGCUAUACCAUUCACAAUAGAAAGAAAACCCACUUUUUGGUGUCAAAUAAGGUUUUCCCUCAGACAAUUGCGUGCAUUCAAACAAGAGCUGAACCGUUAGGAAUCACAGUCCACGUUGGUGAUGUAGAAAGUUUUGAUUUGGCCAAGUUCCCAUUGUGUGGAGUACUGGUUCAAUCUCCAGAUCUUUUAGGGGAAAUUAAAGAUUUUUCUGCUUUUUCAAGCAAGGUACACGAGGCUGGAGCUACCUUUAUUAUGGGAUCUGAUCUUUUAUCUUUGUGCAUUAUGAAGAGCCCUGGAGAAAUGGGUGCCGAUAUUUCUUAUGGAAGUUCUCAAAGAUUCGGAGUUCCUAUGGGCUAUGGAGGACCAUAUGCAGCGUUUUUCAGCGCAAAAGAAGAAGACAUCCGCAAAAUGCCAGGAAGAAUUAUAGGAGUCAGUAUUGAUAAAAACGGGCAAACUGCUUAUAGAAUGACUAUGCAGACAAGAGAACAGCAUAUAAGAAGAGAAAAAGCUACAAGCAAUAUUUGCACUGCCCAAGCAUUAUUGGCAAAUAUGGCAGGACUUUACUCAGUCUAUCAUGGAGCUGAAGGAAUGAAGAUGAUUGCUAGUAGAGUUCAUGCCUUAAGUAGCAUCUUGAAGCAAAACCUUCAAGACCUUGGCUACAAAGUUCCGACUCUUAAUCAUUUUGAUACAAUCUUCAGCUUAAACUUAUAUAGUUCGUGACUUCUGCCUAUUGGUAACGCAGUCACCAAGCAUCCUCGCAUGAGAGAGCCUCUUUGCGACGUCGCCAGGGAGAAUUUUGUUGAAUUAAGGCGAUGAAUUCGUUUGGCAAGUUAGUCGAGCACCACCUUCCUCUUCUUCACCGUAUGAUAAUGGCAUUUGCGAAGUAGGGUUCUGUGCCUCCGUCUCCUCCUUGCUUUGAGGUUCCAGUUUUGAGGGGAAGGCCAUGGACUUCUAUGGUAUGCUGCUUGAGUCGGACAGAGGUUGCCAUACAAAAAUCUAAAAAAUGGAAUUUCUGGUUGACUCAAGGUGAAAAGGAGAAAUUCAAAGCCUGAAGUGUAACUCUCUGCUUCAUGCUAGGAAGUAGCCCAUUUGCCUAGAAAUUGCCUGCAGACGCUACUCUGCUUUCUCUUUCAACUUUAACCCACUUUUCCUCUUUAAGUAAUCCGGCUGCUAAAGAGUCAGCUGGUCUUCCUACGUGGCUGCCAGCCGAAGGUCGCCGCGGGGAGAUUUGCUUCCGUGGGGAAGGACUUGGUGCCAGGAGAAAACUGUCAGUGUUGCUCUAUGGGGUUGCUGGUCUUUCGGGGCCGAUGCCCCGUGGAGUUGUGGAAGCUCAGAUGAUGGGGGAGUUGUAAGUCACCUCAGAGAGUUUGAAAGGGCCUUAAAACGCAAACAAGCUGAUAAAAAAAGCCUAGAAAACGAGAUAAGCUUGCUUAAUUCUCAAGCAAGCACAGCUAGACUCUUCUCGACGAUUCCUUAUAAAUUUGGAAAGAUCCUGAUAAAUGCAUAGAGAAUAUAGGGUAGGGAUAAAUCUAAAACUUUCUUUCUCAAGGUAAAAUCCAAUCCUGAAAGUGGACUAGGGCUAGGUUGCGAAAACUGCCAGAGCAUAGUGGUCUAUUUCUGGGUGGGUAUAACCUUGCCGGACAUUUUGAUACAAUCAGUGUAAGUGGAAUUGAUGCUGCCAAAUUAGUCGAAACUUUUGAGAAAAAUGGAAUUAACAUAAGAAAAAUAAGGAACGACACUGUAUCUCUAUCUUUCGACGAAACAACGACCCCAGAUGAUGUUAACACACUUGUGAGUAUUUUUGCAAGCCUCAAAGGAACUAAUAAAAACAUAUGUGCAGUUGAUCAAUAUAACAAAUCAGCACCUGAAUUCCCAAGCACCCUUAAAAGAGAAUCUGCUAUUCUAACUCACCCAAUCUUUAACUCAAUCCACUCAGAGCAUCAAAUGCUUAGAUAUUUGUACAGACUUCAACGCAAAGACAUUAGCCUUGCAAACUCCAUGAUUCCACUUGGAUCAUGCACAAUGAAGCUUAAUGCCACUUGUGAAAUGAUCCCGAUCACCUUUGAAGGGUUCAACGUUCAUCCUCAUGCACCUCUCAAGCAAGUCCAAGGCUAUCAAAAGCUAAUUGGUGGACUAAGAAACAAAUUGUGCGCUAUCACUGGCUUCGAUGAAAUCUCAUUCCAGUCAAACAGUGGUGCUCAAGGAGAAUAUUCAGGCUUAAUUACCAUUAGAAAUUAUCUUAAAAGCACAAAUAACGCAAAAAGGACUGCUUGCUUAAUUCCGAACUCAGCUCACGGCACAAACCCUGCUUCAGCUGCAAUGGCUGGGAUGAACAUUAUUAAGGUUGAGUGCGACAAGAAAGGAAAUAUUUCUAUUGAUGACCUUAAACAAAAGGCCCAACAGUUUAAAGAUGAGCUUGCAUGCUUAAUGGCUACUUACCCGUCAACUCAUGGAGUAUUUGAAGAAGAAAUUGUGGAAGCUUGCGAAAUUAUCCAUCAUUAUGGAGGACAAGUAUAUAUGGAUGGAGCAAAUAUGAAUGCUCAAGUGGGGCUUACUUCUCCUGGGCAUAUUGGAGCUGAUGUAUGCCACUUGAACUUACAUAAAACUUUUGCUAUCCCUCACGGAGGUGGUGGUCCUGGAAUGGGGCCAAUUGGAGUUAAGAAGCAUCUAGCCCCGUUCUUGCCAAGAGAUGUGGUCUUAGGACUAGGCGGCCAAGGAGGCCAGAUUUCUUCUUCUCAUUUUGCAUCUGCCUCUAUUCUCCCUAUUUCAUGGGCAUAUAUAGAAGCAUUGGGAGGCAAUGGCUUGGCUGAGGCAUCAAAACACGCAAUUCUAAACGCAAACUAUAUUAGAAAAAGACUAGAAAAAUACUACGGAAUCGUUUAUACUGGUGACCAAGGCAUGUGCGCACACGAAAUGCUUGUUGAUCUGAGACCAUUUAAAGUCACUGCAAACAUCACUGAAGAAGACAUUGCUAAAAGACUAAUGGACUAUGGAUUCCAUGCUCCUACAAUGUCAUUCCCAAUACAUGGCACUUUGAUGAUUGAGCCUACAGAGUCAGAAGAUAAAGGAGAGCUUGACAGACUUAUCGAUGCUUUGAUCAAAAUCAGAGAAGAAAUCCAUGAAAUUGAGACAGGAAGUGCUGAUAAGAACAAUAAUGUCCUCAAAAACGCUCCACAUUCCUUAGAUGAAGUUAUAUCAGUCAACUGGGACAAGCCAUACUCAAGGGAAAAGGCAGGAUUCCCAUUGCCUUGGGUUAGAACAAGAGGAAAAUUCUGGCCAACAGUAGCAAGAGUAGACAAUGUUUGGGGUGAUAAGCAUCCUUCCACUGUACUUCCAGAAAUUGACUUCCAUCUUUAA